AUGGCAGAAAGUGAGGUCGACAUUCGACCACUGGUGUGUGACAAUGGGACUGGAACGAUGAAGGUUGGAUUUGCCCUAGAUGAUGCUCCACGAGCUGUCUUUCCUAGCAUUGUGGGUCGUGGUGUGAUGGUUGGAAUGGAGCAGAAAGACGCCUAUGUGGGUGAUGAAGCUCUGUCAAAGAGAGGUAGUUUAUCUCUAAAAUACCCAAUUGAGCAUGGUAUUGUGAUCAAUUGGGACGAUAUGGAGAAAAUAUGGCAUCACACAUUUUACAACAAGCUUUGUGUUGCCCCAGAAGAUCAUCCUGUUCUUCUUACUGAAGCACCUCUUAAUUCAAAGGCUAAUCGUGAAAAGAUGACCCAAAUUAUGUUUGAAACAUUUAAGACUCCUGCCAUGUACAUCGCUAAUCAGGCCGUACUUUCUCUCUAUGAUAGUUGUCUUACCACCGGUAUUGUACUGCAUUCGGGUGAAGGUGUGAGCCACACAGUCCCCAUAUACGAAGGACAUGCCCUUCCAUAUGCAACCAUUCGUAUAGAUUUGACUGGUCGAGACCUGACAGAUCACUUGAUAAAGAUCCUGUCAGAACGUGGUUAUUCAUUUACUACUACUGUAGACAAAGAAAUUGUGAGGGAUGUGAAGGAAAAGUUGACUUACAUAGCUCUAGACUACGAACAGGAGAUUAAGACUUCAAAAAUCAGUUCUUCGUCAGUUGAAAAAACUUACGAGCUUCCUGACGGUCAAGUGAUCACCAUAGGUGCUGAGAGGUUCCAAUGUCCUGAGAUACUUUUCCAGCCAUGGAUGAUCGGAAUGGAAGCUGCUGCCGGAAUUCACGAGGCUACUUACAACUCCAUCCUAAAGUGUGAUGUGGAUAUCAGGAAGGAUCUGUAUGGACACAUUGUUCUUAGUGGUGGUUCAACUAUGUUUCCUGGUAUUGCAGAAAGAAUGAGUAAAGAGAUAACCGCCCUUACACCUAGUGACGUGAAGAUAAAUGUGAUUGCACUUCCCUGGAGAAAGUACAGUGUCUGGAUUGGUGGAUCUAUCUAUGCAUCUCUAAGCACUUUCAAGAAGGUAAUCUUAAGAUACAUGAGCAUUCCCAUUAUACAUAAUUUAUUAAAAAAAUGUUAUAUAUACUAUAUGGCUAGGUCACUCACUAUUUGUUGCUUUUUCAUAUAUUUUUUUUUGUGAGAACCAGAGGUCGAUUAAAAAGG